UUUCUGAAUUUCAUUUAAUUAUUAUUUUUCUUCCUUUUGAAAAAACAAUCUUCUUCCACCUUUUUCCCUCCUCUCUCUCUCUCUCUCGUUUUCUCGCUCUUGACCAGGGACUGAAAACCCACCAAUCCCAAUACUCUCUCUCUCUCUCUCUCUCUCUCUCUCUCUCUCUCUCUCUCAAAUGCAAGAUAUAUUUGAAUCAGUACGCCGAUCGCGAGUAUUUCGAACAGCCCCACCAGACAAUGAAGAAUCACCACUGUCACCAUCACCAUCAACAUCACCAUUGGCUCCAUCAACCAUAGUGGACAAGUUCAAUUCUUGCAUUCGCAAAUCCAGAGUCUUCUCGAAAUCCUCUCUUCCACCGCCACCCAUCCGAUGGCGAAAGGGCGAGUUGAUUGGAUGCGGGGCGUUCGGGCAUGUCUAUAUGGGCAUGAAUCUUGAUUCAGGGGAGCUACUAGCAGUGAAGCAGGUUUUGAUUGCAGCAAAAAGUGCUUCAAAGGACAAAGCCCAGGCUCACAUCAGAGAGCUUGAGGAAGAAGUGAAGCUUCUAAAAAAUCUCUCUCAUCCAAACAUUGUUAGAUAUUUGGGUACAGUGAGGGAGGAGGAAACCUUAAAUAUUUUAUUGGAAUUUGUGCCUGGUGGAUCAAUAUCUUCACUUCUGGGGAAAUUUGGAUCUUUCCCUGAGGCUGUUAUAAGAACAUAUACAAAGCAGUUAUUACUAGGGCUGGAGUAUUUGCACAAAAAUGGAAUCAUGCAUAGGGACAUUAAGGGGGCAAAUAUUCUUGUAGAUAACAAAGGGUGCAUUAAACUUGCAGAUUUUGGUGCAUCCAAACAGGUUGUUGAGCUGGCUACUGUUUCAGGUGCCAAGUCUAUGAAGGGUACUCCGUAUUGGAUGGCUCCUGAAGUCAUUCUCCAGACCGGGCAUAGCUUCUCUGCCGAUAUAUGGAGUGUUGGAUGUACUGUAAUUGAGAUGGCCACUGGAAAGCCUCCUUGGAGUCAACAGUACCAAGAGGUUGCUGCUCUCUUCUAUAUCGGGAAAACAAAGUCUCAUCCACCAAUCCCUGAACAUCUCUCUGUUGAAGCAAAAGAUUUUCUGCUGAAAUGUUUGCAACAGGAGCCAAAUUUGAGGCCUUCUGCGUCUGAAUUGCUGCAGCAUCCUUUUGUAACUGGUGACCAAGUCAAAUCUCAUCCUCUUCAUUCUUCUGUUAUGGAAAAUUCCGAAACCCCUUCUCUGUCUAGCGUCACAAACCUGGAAACCUCUAAAAUGUCAGCCUGCCCUGGCUCAACAGAUAUUUGUAAUUUGGAUAUGCUGCGCUGCACAGUUGAAUAUCCUGUGAAAUCUCCAGAAAAUAAACAUAUUUGGGGACUGAAUAACAGUGAUGAUGACAAGUGUCAGAUUGACAAAGAUAAAUUUACCAUGGGGGAAAUCAAGUCCAGUUCUUUGAUUCCUGAGAACCUCAAGAGUUUUAACCCCAUUUCUGAACCCUCCAAUGACUGGGGGAGCAAACUGGAUGGAAGACCAGAAUUGGAACAGAGGGGUACAAAUUUGGACACCGAUGAACAGAUUUCUGAGCCUGCUGGCUGCUCUGGAGUUUCUGGCAAGGGUGACAAAGAUUUUUCCUUUCCCUGUGGACAGUCACUUUCCGUGGAUGAUGAUGAACUUACCGAGUCAAAAAUUCGAGCCUUUUUGGACGAGAAGGCUCUUGAGCUGAAGAAACUGCAAACACCUCUAUAUGAAGAGUUUAACAACAGUUUGUUAACCUGCUCGCCAAGUUUUGUCAAGAGCACAUGUGAUGAGGCUACCCCAAAGUACUUGAAAUUACCCCCAAAAAGUAGGUCACCGAGUCAAGGUUCAACUGGUGUUCCAUCUCCAGCAGUUGAUGCUCUUAAUACAGGAAGCCCAGGAAGUAAUAGCAGGUGUGUGUCAAAUAAUAUCAAUGCAAGUGAUCACAGUUCACAGGACAUCGCUUCUUCUCCACUCAAUGAUUGGAAAAAGCGUCUAGUUGAUGGUCAGCAAGAACCAAGUAGCCCAAGUAUGAGCUUUUCAGAGAGACAGAGGAAGUGGAAGGAAGAGCUUGAUCAAGAACUUGAGAGAAAACGAGAGAUGAUGCGCCAAGCAGGUGUGGGAGGGAAAACGUCAUCACCAAAGGAUCGAGCUCUAAAUCGGCAGAGAGAACGGACGAGGCGUUCCACAGGAGCUGCAGUUUUGGCCAGUGAUGAAUCAGAUCCUUGCAAACUUGAACGUCAACCAAUACAAUGGAAUGCUCAGACACACACCACACCAAAGUGAAAGAAAAAAACUAUGGACAGCAAGAAAGAAUCACAAACCAAAUGCUCCAAUAUUCACACGCAAAACAAAUCGAUUACUCGAACAAGUUUAUAAUCGCAUUGUUGUCAAAGUUGGACGCUGUCUCAAUCCACUCAUUAGCCCAUCACUCUUCUGGGCACCUCCUUUUCUACUCCUCAAUGGAGACGCCAAUUUGGUUGCCAGUCUUGAAGGAGAGAAAGAACGGACACCCUUUGUGCUCCUCAAUGGAGACGCCAAUCUGGUUGCCAGUCUUGAAGGAGAGAAAGACCGGCGAAAUUUCGAGGCAGCUGACAUCUUUGGUGACUUCUGGGUCAAACUCUUAGGCCUUGUCGGAGAAAGAGACCCCACCACCGGCAGGCUCUUGAUCUUGACUUGAAACUUGGAAGAAGCCGAGGACGGGGACUUAAUCAAGAACUUAUGUGGUGUCUCUUUGUUUCUUGAUAUAACGGGAGACCCUGUCUUGCAAAAAUUCUGUUGCUUUGCAGAAGCUGUAGACAGGAACAAUGGGUUGGGGAAUAGAACAGUCUUUUUCACCCACGGCCUAUUCUUUGGGGAUACCCUAUUUGCCAAGUAUCGUUUGUUUUCUUUUCCCAGUUCUCUGACCUUUGGAGGUGAAGAAACCUUGAAGUUGAUUCGUGAUCGAGCCCUUUGGAGUGAUGGUGAAUCAGACUCCGAUCGAAUUAAUUG